AUGCAGUUCACAUUCUUCAUGCUCGCCACGAUGGCUGCAGGCGUUUUGUCCGCACCUUCUCCCAACCACAAGAGGGAAUGCAGCCCCUCGCCAGCGGACGACACGGAUCCGCAAGCCCAAUACAAAGCCCAGUGCGAAGGAAAGGCAUUCCCUGCCAUUUACCCUCCCACAGAGGCAGAAAUGGAAUGUAUGAAGCUUCAAUACAAAGCCCAAUGCGAAAAUGCAAACUUCAUUGCCAUCUUCCCGCCAUCGGAAGCGCAGAUGAAGUGUUUGAGACUGGAGUACCAGACACAGUGUGAAGGUAAAGCUUUCACGAAGAUCUUUCCGCCUUCGCCAGAACAGCAGAGAUGCGAGACGGUGAAGGAGCUUAUCGGAUGA